ACUUCUCACCAAAAAGCUUAGAAUUAAUUGAUUAUAUAGUAUUUCCCCGUACACAUCUACCUUUACCUGCCGCCGAGGCCUUUAAAAAUACCUUUAAAAAUACCGCGGUUUUUGUCGUAAGAUUAUUAAGCUUUAGUCAAAGGCAUAUACAUUUAAUCGUAGCUUUUGUUGUUGUCGCUCCCAAUCCGUGUUGAUGCGUAACGUUAACUGUAAAAGACAUUUAAACUACAACCAUGGCAAUGAAGAAUGUGUUUAUCCAUUGUGUAUUCCUGUUUACCAUGCAGAGUAUUUUCAGUGUUGAGGCCGUGGAUUUGAAUGUGUUUGAGGGAGAUUCUUCAACUCUAAAGACAAACUUUAUUGAAGUGCAAAAAAAUGGUCUUAUUGACUGGAAAGUUAAUGGAACCCGUAUAGCAUCAGUCAAUAAAGAAACUCUUACAGUUGAAUAUACUGAUGAUAAGCUCAUCAUGUUUGGUGACACACUAACUGUGGAUCAAAAUGGAUUUUGCACAAUCUUGAACAUCAGACACAGACACUCUGGGGAAUACGAAGUUGAGAGUAUCAGCAGUGCAGGGAAAAAAUCACAGAUCUUCAGAGUUAUUGUGAAAGAUUCUCAAAUGACAUCUGAUGAAGUAAAAUCAGUAGCAGCUACAGAGGAAACAACUGUGACUUUACAAACUGAUGUUAAACUCCAGAAACAAGAUCUUAUUCUGUGGAGGUUUGGAGCGGAGGGGCAUCUCAUUGCUAAAUGGGAUGUAGAAGAUGGUCAGAUAUUAUACUAUAGUGGUCCUGAUGGGAGAUUCAGAGACAGACUGCAGAUGGACAAGAAAACCGGAUCUCUGACCAUCAAUGACAUCAGAACUGAAGACGCUGGAGAAUUUAAACUGAAGAUUGUUGGUGACCGGAAGACCCUAUUCACAAGAUUCAGCGUUGCGGUCUCUGCUUCAGGUUUGUCUCCAGGUGGAAUAGCAGGGAUUGUUCUUGCGAUUCUUCUGCUGCUGGCAAUUACUGCUGCUGCUGCUGUUUUGUAUUAUUGCUACAAAUUAAAAACAAUGCAUAAUGCCACUUCAGAGCAAAUAAAGCAACUGUCAAAGAUCUCUGUACGACUACAGCAACUGUGUGAGUAUUAUGGCUGA